GCCAUUCGCGUUUCACUUCACAAUAUCGCAGUCAGUUCGCUUUGCGGUCGCGCGAGAGGUCGCUCGAAAACAAUUAACUCAUCAACCGCCCGUCAAAAGCUUAUCACCAUUCCUCGCGAAAGAGCGAACUGCCGUCGUCUCGGCUUGCUUAGCUCCCAUUUCACGGCUCAACAGCAUCGCUGACAGGCCCCGAAAAUAAGUUCCCAUUCGUUAUCAUCUCAGAGUGUUCGAUUCUAUGCUAACAUCCCACCUGAGGUCGAGAAUGUCGCUCAAGUUCUGCGCCAACCUGAACUUCAUGUUCACCGAAAGCGCGGACUAUCUGGAGCGUUACCGGUUGGCCAAAGCGGCCGGAUUCGCUGCGGUGGAGGGUGUCUUCCCGCCGGAUCACGUCAGUGUCGCCGAUUUGGUGAAAGUGCGCGAGGAAACCGGUCUGGAGCAGAUACUGAUCAACAUUGCGUUGGGUGAUGCCCCGGAAGGUCAGUGUGGUUGCGCCGCCAUUCCCGGUCAAGAGGCCAAUUUCAGGAAGAACCUCGACAAAACAGUGGAAUGUGCCAAAGCUUUGCAUUGCAGGAAAAUACACAUCAUGGCUGGGAAGAUAAAUGGUCCUCCGACGGCUCAACACGAUGCAACAUACUUGAACAACCUGAAAACGGCGGCUGCGAUCCUUGAGAAGAACAACCUAUUGGGCGUCAUUGAACCCAUCAAUCAGUACUCCGUCCCUGGUUACUAUCUGUCAUGCUACGAGAAAGCCAUUACCACACUGAACGAAAUCAACAGCCCGAACCUGAAGCUGAUGUUCGACAUUUUCCACGCGCAGCACAUCCGUGGUGACCUGACGAAUGCCAUCCGGAGUUACGCCCAUCACAUCGGACACGUUCAGCUGGCCCAGGUUCCCAACCGGAACGAACCCAACACCGAAGGCGAGAUCAACUAUCCGUACGUGUUGCACACUCUGGAAACUCACGGCUACACCGACUGGGUGGGUUGCGAGUACAAACCCAAGGCUGGUACGGUCCAAGGCCUCGGCUGGUUGCGCGACUUCGGUUACUGGAGCAAGUGAUCGAUUUUGCAUUCAUUCGGCGGGAGUGUAUCCGUACAUGAACUUGACUUUCAGUUGUCCAGCUGAAGACAAACAGAACAGUUGUUAAUAUUUUAGUAGGGGAAAUAAAAGUUUUGAAACGGGGUCAUGUCUGUAA